AUCACAAAACCCUAAUCCCCUUUUCAAUUUCUCUCUCUACUCUAACGCUCUCUGAAAUCUCCAAAUUUCAAAACUUCACUCAUUUCUACACAAAUCUGAAAUCUUGAAGCUUCUUUAACAAUGGCGCCGACGCCAUCUUCUUCGAGAUCGAAUCAAACCCAAUAUACUCUAAUCAGAACUCCACAAACCAAACAACGGCUCAAUUUCCACUCGAAAACCCCAAACCCAGAUGGAUCCAAAGACCCAACUCCGCCGGAGCAUCCAGUUGAAGUAAUCGGACGGAUCCGUGAUUAUCCAGAUCGGAAAGAGAGACCGGCGUCGAUCUUGCAGGUUAACCCAGAUAACGAAACGGUACGAGUCAGAGCUGAUGUUGGGUACAGAGAUUUCACCUUAGAUGGUGUUUCUUUCUCGGAGCAAGAAGGUCUUGAAGAUUUUUACAAGAAGUUUAUAGAAGAGAGGAUUAAAGGUGUCAAAGUUGGGAAUAAAUGCACGAUUAUGAUGUAUGGACCAACUGGUGCGGGGAAGAGUCAUACUAUGUUUGGUUGUGGGAAGCAACCUGGGAUUGUGUAUCGUUCUUUGAGGGAUAUUUUGGGAGAUUCGGACCAAGAUGGUGUUACUUUUGUUCAAGUCACUGUUCUUGAGGUUUAUAAUGAGGAGAUUUAUGAUCUUCUUUCGACUAAUAGUAGUAACAAUUUAGGGAUUGGUUGGCCUAAGGGAGGUAGCACUAAGGUGAGGCUUGAAGUAAUGGGGAAAAAGGCGAAAAAUGCAACCUUUAUUUCAGGGACAGAGGCUGGGAAGAUCUCUAAAGAAAUUGUGAAAGUGGAGAAACGGAGAAUUGUGAAAAGCACACUUUGCAAUGAAAGAAGUUCCCGGAGUCACUGCAUUAUAAUACUUGAUGUGCCAACUGUUGGGGGAAGGUUAAUGCUUGUUGACAUGGCUGGUUCAGAGAAUAUAGACCAAGCUGGGCAAACCGGAUUUGAAGCUAAGAUGCAAACAGCUAAGAUCAAUCAGGGAAAUAUCGCACUGAAGCGAGUUGUGGAAUCUAUAGCAAAUGGAGACUCUCACGUACCCUUCAGAGACAGUAAGCUGACCAUGCUCCUCCAGGACUCUUUUGAAGAUGACAAGUCAAAGAUUCUAAUGAUCCUGUGUGCGAGUCCAGAUCCAAAGGAAAUGCACAAGACUCUAUGCACUCUAGAAUAUGGAGCAAAGGCAAAGUGCAUAGUUCGUGGGUCUCAUACUCCAAACAAAGAUAAGAAUGGGGGUGAUGAGUCUGCUUCAGCUGUUAUUUUGGGAUCAAGAAUAGCUGCGAUGGAUGAGUUUAUUCUCAAACUCCAGUCUGAGAAGAAGCAACAAGAAAAAGAAAGGAAUGAUGCACAAAAGCAGCUGAAGAAGAAGGAAGAGGAAAUUGCUGCAUUGCGAUCCCUACUUACACGAAAGGAAGCAAGUGCUACCAAUGAAGAGGAGAUAAAAGAAAAAGUAAACGAAAGAACCGAACUUUUGAAAUCGGAACUAGAGAAGAAACUUGAGGAAUGCCGAAGAAUGGCUGAGGAAUUUGUUGAGAUGGAGAGAAGAAGAAUGGAGGAAAGGAUUGUGCAGCAACAAGAGGAACUGGAGAUGAUGAGAAGACGGUUAGAGGAAAUUGAGGUUGAGUUUCGGCGCUCAAGGGAUGGAGGAAGUAUUGAUGAAACUAGUGGGUUUGCUAAAAGACUCAAGAGUCUUUACUCUGAUGAUGAUCCUGGUAUGGUGAAGUCAAUGGACCUUGACAUGGGUGAACCAGAACCAGUCAAGCAAGUUUGGGGGGUUUCACACCAAUCAAGUUUGGGGGGUUUCACUAACAUUUUGCAGCCAAAACCUGCAGAGAAUAUGCUUACGCAGAUGUUCCCUGACCGGGUAUGCUUGAGCACUGUCUUCGAAGAAGAAGAGGUUGAAGAAGAGGAAGAAAAAGUGAUAGUCGAGGAUAAAAGCAUCUGCCUAAUAACAACACCAAUGCCUAGUUUGAAUUCUGGAGGUUUGGGUAAAGAGAACUGCUUCAACAGUACAGAUGACAAAGAAUCAGCCUCGUCGAGAAGGUUGAGAAUUCAAAACAUAUUCACCCUUUGUGGCAAUCAGAGAGAGCUGUCACAACACGGUGGACAAGAGGAGGAUCAAGCCAAUAAUGCUGCAUCACCUGAUAAGAAAGACAAUCAGUUGUUUUCUAUAACGAAUAAGGCAGCAGUGGAAGAAGCAAAGGAAAACAAUAUCUCAGGCGAUGAGAGGAAAACCGGUCAGAUAGAUAUCUAUGUUAAGUGGGAAACAACUGCUGAUAACCCUCGAAAGCUCAUAACAACACUCAGAGUUACAAAGGAUGCAACACUAGCUGACUUGAGGAAGCUUAUUGAGAUCUACCUUGGAUCUGAUAACCAGGCUUUUAACUUUCUCAAGCUUGGGGAACCAUGUGGAGCUCAAGUGGCAAAGGAGGAAGAAUCUACAGUUCAAGCUACGAGCCUUCCUUUCUGCAGCGGACAUGCUUACCUCGCUACUUUAAGACCGGGAAAGAGCUCACAGCCUCAAUGUCUUACACCAGCAAGUCCACUUCCGCUAACUCCCAUAGAAAACAAGAUGCCGUUUACGCCCAUCUCAAGAGUGACACCCAACCACCAAGUUGAUGAAUUUUUAUCACCCAAUAUCGCAGCUCAUCUCAGCUCCACUCCAUUCAUCACUCUUAGAAGACAUUAGUCUUUGCUCCACUCCAUUUAUCACUCUUAGAAGACAUUAGUCGCUAUGUCUUAUUUUCUGUGUUUAAUGGUAGCUUUUGAAAGAUGUAACCUCUGCCUAUUUCUCGGUGUUAGAAAGGAUACUGUAACCAAAUUGUAUGUUCUACGAUGUUUUAGCAGAUGCAGACAAAAUAUAUUUUCGUAUCUUUUCCAAGA